AUGGCACCGGCCGAUCCUGUCGCGACGGGCACCGUCCAGAAAGAUGGCCAGGAGUUCAGGACGGUCAAGGAGGGAAAGGCUACCAUCCUUGUGCCCCAGGGGGCCAAGAUCGGCGCUGACAAGAGCGAGGUGCAGCAGGUCUUCUACAACCCAAUCCAGCAGUUCAACCGUGACCUGUCUGUGCUGGCCAUCAAGGCCUACGGCGAGGAGGCUCUCGAGCGUAAGCGGGCCCAGUACGGCCUGCGGAAGAGCAAGAAGAGCAAGAAGAGGAAGAGGGCGCAGGAGGACGAGGCUGGCAACAACGGAGACGGCAGCAGUGCGGCAGCCCCGCAGCAAGAAGAGCCUGUGGCCGCAACCACCGAACAGGCUCCAGGGCAGCAGCAGCAGCAGCAGCAGCAGGAGGAGGAGGAGGAGCCAUGCGCACCAACCUUCAAGAUCCUAGAUGCGCUUUCAGCUUCUGGCCUUCGCGCGCUUCGAUACGCCCACGAACUCCCCUUUGUCACGCAGGUGACGGCCAACGACCUUUCCCCCUCGGCGGCGAACCUGAUCAAGACCAACGUCGAACAUAACGGGCUAGCCGGCAAGAUCCAGGUUAACAACGACGACGCCCUAGCCCUCAUGUACCGCGCCAUAGCCGAGGACCUUACCAACAAGGACACACGGACGGGCCAACCGGGCAAGACGAACAAGUUUGACGUCGUCGACCUGGACCCCUACGGCACGGGCGCUCCCUUCUUCGACGCUGCCGUGCAGGCUGUCCGCGAUGAUGGCGGACUCCUGUGCAUCACGUGCACGGACAGCGCUGUGUGGGCAGGCCACAGCUACUGCGAGAAGUCCUUCUCCUUGUACGGCGGCACGCCGGUCAAGGGUAUGCACUCGCACGAGGUCGGGCUGAGGCUCGUGCUCAACAGCAUCGCCUCCUCGGCAGCCCGCUACGGGCUGGACAUAGAACCGCAGCUGUGCAUGUCCAUCGACUUCUACACCAAGUUCUUCGUGCGCGUGACCCGGUCGCCGCAGAACGUCAAGUUCCUCGGAGCCAAGACUAUGGUGCUGUACAGCUGCGACCACGGUUGCGGCGCCUGGCAGACGCAGUACCUCAUGAAGAGCAAGGUGGCACCCAACAAGAAGGGUUCCGGAAACUACUACAAGCACGUCAUGGCCCUGGGCCCCACGGCCGACCAGUUCUGCCCGCACUGCGGGACUAAAACGCACCUCAACGGCCCCAUGUACGGCGGCCGCAUCCACUCCCCCGACUUUGUGCGUCGCCUGCUCACCAUGCUCCCCGAUGCCGACCCGGCCGUCUACGGCACCAAGCAGCGCCUCGAGGGUAUGCUGCAGACCGUCCUGGAGGAGAACAUCACGACGGACGACUCCCUUGCGCCAGCGGAGAAGGUGAACCCCAAGGAGGAUGCCGCCGCUGCCAUAGACCCUUGCCCGUUCUACUUUGUGCCCUCGCGCCUCGCCGGCGUCAUAUCCUGCGCCUCGCCGCCAGACGGCAUGGUCCGCGGCGCCCUGGCCCAUCUUGGGUACCAGGUGUCGCGCAGCCACUGCCGCGCCGGGAGUAUCAAGACGGAUGCGCCCUGGUCUACGGUGUGGUGGAUCAUGACGGAGUGGGCCAGGCAAAAGGCCCCUGUCAAGGUGUCCAAGUUCAAGCCCGCCAUGCCUGCGUGGAAGAUUCUCAAGGAUGCCGGUCUCCUCGGUGGAGACGAGGACACCUCCGCCAAGGCUGCCGACGAUGCCAAGACUGAAGAUGCCACGACCGAAGAUGUCAAGGCCGAGGAUGUCAAAGAUGGAGAAGACACCAAGAUGGCAGAGGACCUUGAGCCGCAGCAGAAGCAGGAGGAUGCCACCACGCAUGGAAAAUCGUUAGAGGUGCAGGCCGAUGUCCCGGAACAGGAACGCGAACUGCGAAAGAGUCUAGUCUUCGAUGACGACCUCGCCCGUCGCGGUCAGCAAACCGAGGGGAGGCGUCUGGUGCGGUACCAGGCUAAUCCGGAGAAGAACUGGGGUCCCAUGAACAGGGCCAAGGCCCAUUGA